UCAUUUUUUCUACUGAAACAGAAGUGUGGGAGAUGAAUCUGAAGGAAAAGGAAGAGUUUUCUUAGAUUGAAAGUCUCCCUCCUCUUAGUCGCUCUUCUUAGUUCAGCUUAAUCUUUAAGGAGCGCAGGGGAGCAGGUCAUGGCAUCACUUCUUGUAGCUGAUUGGUUUGGUUCUGCAGUCGUAGAGAAGCUAAUCGAAGUCGGCUUUGCCUACUUGCAAGACCAUUACUUUUGGCAGGCUGGCCUGAAGAAGGAGCUGAAGAAGUUGCAGGAUCUUCACCCCAAGAUCAAAGCUCUUGUUGCUGCUUCAAGCCGAUUAGAGAUGAUGGGGCAGAACCCAGAUCUAAAAAAAUGGUUAUGGCUGCUCCGAAAUGCAGUUGACCAGGCAGAUGACUUGCUAGAUGAGCUGGAGUACAAUGAGCUUGCAAAACAAGUGCACAAGGUUGACCUGAAUAAGGUGCGUAACAUUAUUUCUCCCUUCAAGACUUGUUGUCCGAACGCCAAAUUCAGCAAACAUGUCUUUAGAGAAGAUAAGACUUUGAAUAAGCUGAGAAAGGUAGUGAGAAGGCUUGAUGAAGUCUUUGCUGAUGCUGGAAUUUUUUUUCAACUUGUCGGGAACACAAUGAAUGACGUGAACCAGGAGCAGGAUGAACUUUAUAAGGUUCGUGAAACGGGUUCGUUGCCCAAAACUGAUAUGUUCGGGCGUGAUGGGGAGUUGGAGUUCGUUUUACAAUGGUUGAAAAGGCCAGAUGAUGAUGAAAGCAUUACAGCUAGUGGUGCAAUGUAUAGCAACAUUUCAAUUCUUUCGGUUGUGGGUCAUGGAGGGAUGGGGAAGACGACGCUUGUGCAGCAUGUUUAUAGAGAUGAGGCAACUAACGAAUUUGAUCUUAAAUUGUGGGUUUGUGUUUCGAACAGCUUUGACGUGAAAAGGCUUCUCGCAGAUAUGCUUGAAUCUCUGACUGGACAGAGGCCUAAUUUGGGUUCACUUAAUGCACUUCAAGAGAGUCUCAAGGCUGCAUUGUUGUCUAAGAAUUUUUUUCUUGUUCUUGAUGAUGUUUGGGAGGAAGAGGAGAAGCAGGAUAAGAGAAAAUGGGAGAAUGUUCUUGCUCCUCUGGCUAAUGGGAAGGAGGGGAGCAAAGUCUUGCUAACAACUCGGAUGGAGUCGGUUGCAUUGCUAGUCUCAAAAGUGUUAAGGAAACCUAUGGUUAAAUUAAAAUUGGAGGGCUUGCAGGAAGAAGAUAGCUUAUUUCUCUUCAACAGCUACGCAUUUGCUGAUGUGAAGAACCUUGAAGUUCAUUAUGAAUUGAAAUCAAUCGGAAGAAUGAUAGUUAAAAAGCUUUCAGGAUCUCCACUGGCAGCUAAAGUAAUUGGGGGGCUCUUGAACUCUAACUUGGAUGUAAGGCACUGGAAGAAUGUGUUGAACAGUGACAUUGGAAAUGCAGAAAAGGGUCAAAAUGAUAUUAUGCCAAUUCUUAGACUUAGCUACACUUAUCUUCCCCAACAUUUGCAAAAUUGCUUUGCAUUUUGCUCCAUAUUUCCACGAGAUCACGAAUUUGAUAAAGAUGAUUUGAUCCGCAUGUGGAUGUCCCUGGGAUUCAUCGAGCAGCCUCAUUUUGUAGGAGAGUCAAUGGAAGAUGUUGGAGGCAAUUAUUUUGAUGUUUUGGUUAAGAAAUCCAUCUUUGAGAAGGUUGAGGAUAGUCAUCGAAACACAACAUAUUAUCUAAUGCAUGAUUUGCUGCAUGAGUUGGCCCAAUCAGUUUCUGCUCAGGUAUGCAUCAGAGUUGUGUGUGAUGAUAAAUUUCCCACCGGACUUCCUGACAGUAUUCGCCAUUUAUCUGUUAUAACUAGUAAACUUUCUGUGCUAGGUGAGAUGAAAAAUUUUAAGAACCUGCGUUCUCUUUUUUUGUCAUACAUUGGAGAUAAAACAUUUCUUGAGAAUAGUUAUUAUGGAGAUGAUGUAAGAUUUGACCUUAUUUUUUCCCAAAUAAUUAGGGCAUCAAAAAGCAUUCGCUUACUAUGCGUACGUGCACCGCACUUCAAAGUGAUGCCUAAAGAAAUUGGUGAAUUGAUGCACCUUCGAUAUUUGAAGCUAGUUCAAACUAGCAUAACUCUAUUGCCUAGAUCAGUUUGCAAUCUCUAUCACCUACAAGUUGUGGUUUAUGAAGAGAUGCAUCAGGUCUCUAAAAAUUUCUUACCAAGGGGUUUGAAUAAUCUUCCUAACCUUAGGCAUCUAAUUUUGCCAUGGGAUGAAAUUAAUGGAAUGCCUGGAAUUGGGAGGCUGUCUUUCCUUCAGGGAAUAGAUAGUUUCAGGAUAAUGGAUGAGAAUGGAUACAGGAUUGAGGAGCUAGGGCAUUUGAAUGAGCUGCGCAGUCUUCGUCUUAAACUUAUUGAAAAUGUGAAGGACCCUACAGAGGCUAGAAUGGCCAAGCUGAAGGAAAAGCAGCAUCUCACAGAUCUCUCAAUCGAAUGGGGGGAUGGUAAAAAAUGUUGUGAGGAUGGUGAUGAAUAUUGGGUUGAUGAACAUCUCAGGGAUCUUUCAAGUCAUGAACUGGAUGAACAUGUACUUGACCAACUCCAGCCACACACCAACUUAAGGAAAUUGACAAUUCAUGGCUAUAUUGGUGCAAGGUCUGCAGGUUGGAUGAUUCCUUCAUUGCUUGGCAAUUUGGAGAGCAUAAGAUUGCAUAAAUGUUUUGGAUGGGAAAGCCUUCCUCCUCUGGGACAGCUGCCAUUUCUCAAGUUGUUAGACCUUUCUGAUAUGCCACAAGUGAAGCGACUUGGCCAUGAAUUUCAUGGGAAAGGUGAGAAUGGUGGUUUUCGGGCAUUGGAGACACUACUUAUUAGGAAACUGGAAGCUCUGGAGGAGUGGUCUGAUAAUGCAGCAGAAACUGAAUUCCACCAAUGGUUUCCUAGCCUUCAAAAGCUGCAUGUUUUACAAUGUCCUAAGCUGCAAGAAUUGCCAACAUUGCCUCUCAACCUUGCAAGAUUAAAGCUGGCCGAUGUGGGCUUGACUGAUUUGCCGGGGCACAAAUACAGUGCCAAUAGCUCAUCAGUUUCUUCUUCCCUUGCUGAAAUAGAAAUCAUCGGCUGUAAAGACAUCAUAUCCUUUCCUUCUGAAGAGAUACUUCGCAGGUUUACAGCACUUGAACGUUUGGAAAUAAGCUACUGUGAAAAUCUGAGGUCACUCGGGGGAUUACAGGCAGUCCAGACCCUUAAGAGAAUGGCAAUCUGGGAUUGUCCUAAUCUCAUCCAAAGAAAAUCAUGGACAUCUAAUUCGGAGGGGAAAGAAAAUGAAUUCAUCAGCAAUGUAUCUUUUUUUCUUGAGCAACUUGAGAUAACUGACCCCUUACUGCUGCUGGAGAUGCCAUUGAGAAGUCUUGCCUCCCUUCAGAUUCUGAAAAUUAAGUUUAAUAACAACCUUAUUUCCUUUCCCCUCGAGGUAGAAAAUUGGCUGUUGCAAAAUGGUUCUUCUCUUCUUGAGUUGCACCUGUGGGAUGUCAUAUGUCCACAUUCCCUCCCUUCAUGCUUGCACGAACUCUCUUCUCUCUUGGUUUUGGAUGUAUGUCAUGCUCCUGAACUUAGAAGACUUCCCCAACUCCCUUCCUCAUUGCAAAAAGUGACGGUCACUUACUGUCAUCCGGAAUUAAAGGAGCAGUAUGAAAGGAAUGUUGGCACUGAUUGGCAACAAAUAGCUCAUGUUCCUCAUGCUGUCAUAUGCAUCUAACAACUAAUAUGCAACAACAACAUAUACAAUUUAAUAUUUCAAGAUGAUAUCCAACAAGAGGCCCAUGACACAUGAGCAAGAAGCAGAUUGCUCAAUCUUAAAGCUUAUAAAGCCAAUAUUGCAUUUCUG